AUGAUCUGCCUUUGUGCCCGUGGGAGUAGAACUCGGCGGCGACAAGCUAGAGAGCAGAAUGGAAAAAGGGCCGAGCAUAAAGAAGGCUUAUCAUCUGAUGACGAGGAGACAUCCACUGACAUGACCAGCGUCAACAUGGAGAGAGAUCGGAUCAUCAGGGAAUGUAAGAAAGCAUUUGAGGAUGUCGUGGAGGACUUCCAUUCACUCGACUGCAUCAAGUCCCAUUUUGAAGUGUGGAGGAGAGAAUAUGCCGACUGCUACAGAGACGCUUACAUCGGACUCUGCCUGCCCAAACUCUUCAACCCUUUAAUCCGCCUGCAGCUCAUGACGUGGAACCCUCUCGAGGCUCAGUGUGCAAAUUUUGAGUACAUGCUGUGGUUUGAGUCGCUGCUGUUCUACGGCUUCGAGGAGAACAGCGUGCUGCAGAGAGGAGACGGGGACAUCUGCCUGCUGCCUUCUAUCGUGGAGAAGGUCAUCCUCUCCAAACUGACAGUGUUGGCAGAGCAAGUAUGGGACCCGCUGUCCAACAGUCAGACAGCCAGGCUGGUGGGCUUCAUUCGGAGACUAAUGAAAAGUUACCCCACUGUGCUGCAUGGAGAAAACCGAUACACACAGGAGCUUCUAAGAAUGAUUGUCUUCAGGAUCAGGCGGACUCUGGAUGAAGAUGUCUUCCUUCCACUCUACCCCAAAAAUGUCUUGGAGAACAAGAAUGGCGGCCCUUACUUAUUCUACCAGAGGCAGUUCUGGUCCUGUGUGAAGCUGCUGGGCAACAUCCUGCAGUGGGAAGGCAUCCUGUCAGGCUCCUGUCUGAGGGACCUGGCAUUGGACAGCACUCUGAACCGAUACAUCCUCUCCGCUCUGCAGACCACAGACACAGGGGAGGACAAUGUUCCCAAGUGCCAGAAGGUGGUGGAGUGUUUGCCUGUGCAGUGGUUCUCUGGACUGAAGGGCCAGAAGACGUUGCCUCAGUUGGAGCCGUUUUGUCGCUACCUCACCCACCUGGCCAGCUCGUUUCACCGCGGCAGUUUGGGCGGGUCUGAUUUGGAACGGCGCUCUGCCAAGGACCUGAUCAAAGAGGUUGUGAAGAUGUUGGGCCAGAUGAAUGCUCUGGACCACAUCAUCACCGUGGCAGCUGAGCAUGGCAUUAAAGACAUCAAGCCACUUUUGGAAGCAAAGUCGUAGAGGAGGACCCGGCCGGCAAAAUCAACUUUUCUAGAUCUUGAGGUGGACGAACACAUUUGAACACUUGGACGACUAAAGUUGGAUUCUUUGAAAAAUUUAAGGAAUUUGACAUAAAACUUGACAGGUGCUACCUUGCCUGAAAAACAGAAGGUAUACAUUUUUGGUGUAAAUAUUGUGAAUAAUGUAUAGAAAUGUUUGCUCAUAUGCUCAACAUAUGACUGAUGCUAAAAUGAGGCUGUUUAUUGUCAGCGAAACAACACUGCUUGAUUAUACUGGUGACAAUAUUUUAAAUGCAUUAUUUAUUUAUACAUAAACAAUUGUUGACACAAUUUGACGUCAUUUGUUCGUCUAAAUUGACACCAUAUUCUCCUCGGCUAGCUGUAGAAACUGCCCCUUUAUUUCCCUUACAUACUAGUUUUCCAUGUGCGACAUAAUAACUUUCUAAUUGGCCA